GACAACCAGACACAAACACACACACGCACACUUUUGCUCUUUCACUACCAUGCACUUCUUUCCUUUUGCCUGUAAGCACACAUGCACUUUACGCACCUGACAUCCAUGCAGUUACACACAAAAACAACUGCAAGACAUCACUCUAAAACUGACAGGGGAUAAUUUUUUUUCUCAAGAUCACAAUAGUUUGGAAAGUGAAAACUCCUUUUGCCUCUGGGACUGGACUAAAAGGAUACUUGAGGAAGAAGAAAGCAACCGAGGACACAGGAAGAGGACUAAAAAAAGGACAACCAUAAAUAAGAGAGUGGUGAAGGCUGACAAGCAAACAGGUUAGAGCGAAGAUCAACAGAGGAAAACCAACUGCAGUGCAGGAGAAUGUCUUUCCUUUCUGGUUCACCCUGGCAGCAGCCUGGCAUCAUUAAUGGAAACGGUGGAUAUGGACAAGCCUCCAGUGGGUUUCAGCAGCAGCAUCAACAACAGCAACACAAACCUCCCGGUGCCCUCUCUAGUGCCAACAUCCCGUCAGUCAUAGCCUCUUCUCCACUUUUGCCCUCCAGUCCAGCUGCUCCCCACCACAGUGACUGGCAUUGCCAAGGCCAGAUGGCAUCAGUGGGGGCCACUGCCACAGUGCAGACAGGAUCUAGAAUAACUUUGAUGGAAGAUAAGGUGGAAUUAGGGCGAGGUAGCGCGGAGGGGAAUUCAUCUGGCAUAAUGGCAUCAGGGAAGCAGAGCUUUAUCACACCAUUGCUGAAUAUAGAGGAUGCUUGGUCCAGACCAGAAAGGGUAAAUGAAGAUGGACAUAGGGUUGGGGGGGUCGGGGGUGUGUUAGGGAGUGCAGGGCAGAGCCCCAGCAGCCCCCUGUCAUCGCACUCCUCUCCAGCCUCAACAUCACCCUCCCCUUCUCUCUCACCAGGGAGACUUUUUUCAAGCCCUGCCCUUGACCCUAAACCAUUUGGACAAAGCAAUCUCCAGCAAAACAUGGAAGAAUUUCACCUUCAGGGAUCUCAAAAAGCUGUUCAAGGACAGAUCCUCCCUCCGGAUUCCGAUCGGGUCUCAGAACAUCAGGAGAACUUAACAAAAAACCCAUCCAUCAACAGAGGUACUGUUUUGAGUGAAGAAAAAAAUGAGCAUGAGAAGAUAACAACUGGACACCUGUUGAAAGAAGAUUCUAAUGCAAGUAAAAAUGGAAAUCAAAUACCGAAGCCAUACUUUGAAAAGUCAGGUUUAGAUGUACCUACUCGUAAUGUGUCUGACCUAACAGGUAGUAAGGCUGGUACCACAGCAGGGCCUACAGCACAUGCACCUGCAUCUCCUUCUCCAUCCAAUGGAGCUGCGCGUAAUGCUGUUCUGAGUGUUGUUGAAGGGAACAGGCUGGACAGAAAAAACUUAAACCAUAGUGAAACAGAAAAAACAGCAACAUGUAUUGCGGCAAGCAGCAAUGUAACCGAGACAAGACUCGUAAGUCCUGGCCCGGAGCAGGCUUUAAAUCCCUUUGAGGAUAUGAGAAAGGGAUCUUAUGCUACACCAAACAGAGAAACCAAAACAGCGCGAGGUAAUGACAUCCCUCAGCGGACUGCAGUGAGACGUGCAAUGUCUGACUGUUCACAUCUGUCUGUUCCCAUGGUAAUGGCCGGAGCAUACCCUACAGGUAUGGCCAUCGCACAAGGGAUUGCACCCAGUGUGCCAGAUUUCAUCCCAGUGGGAACACCCUGCUCACCCAGAGCCCCUUACCCUCAUGUAGCUGUGCGUCGCUCACUCACGGUCUCAGACAGUGAAGGCUCUUCUUCAAUGGCAACAAUGAUCUCAACUCCUAUAAUGAUGUCACCUGUAGUGCCAUCAUCUCCUCCCCCCAGGAGACAUCAUGGGAGCUGUGAAACCAAUGUUCUACUUCCUGUUCCAACUCCUGCAGGAACACUGGCAAACAGCACCCAAGAUAGCAUGACAAAAGCAACGGUGAAAUCUGACAACAAGGACAAGCAGGAGAAGGUUGACAUCGUCUCCAGCAAGACGGACAAGAUCAACCUGGACAAGAAGGAAGAGCAGCUGAAGAAGGAAAACAACGCUGACAAGAAUCAGAAGUCAGAGAUGAUCCUCAAAAAUGAGGAGAAGAUGGAGAAGCUGAACGACAAGGCUAACGAGAAGCCGGAGAAGGUGGACAAGCCAGAAAAGACCAACAAGGACGAAAAGAAGCAGGAGGAGAAGAAGCCGGCUGAGAAGAAGGAAGAGAAGGGAGGAAAAGGCACAGCCAAGUCUCCCACAGGCAACGGCGGCAAAGCUGUAGCAGGCGCUGACAGCAAGAGCAAGCCUGAAGCGGGUCCAGCCAAACAAAACUCUGCCAAAUCACGCCCAUCCACCCUCUCCACCAAUGAUGCGGCCAACUCGGCCAAACGCCCCUCCCCCACAGCAGCCAAUAAAAAAAGCCCUGUGCCCAAGGCAACCACACCCACUUCUGCCAAACGUCAGCCAACAACAGGCUCAAGCAAGGCAGCCAAGACUCCAGAAAAUGGGGCAGAGAAACGCCCACCUGUAGCUAAAGCCACGCCCGCUACUCGUCAGGCUCCCAGUAAGAACGGCACCUCCGCAGCGGCUGCAAAUAAAACUGCAGCGAGCAAAAAUGACAAGGCUGAGAACAAGACAGCGGAGGCCAAGAAGCCCAAAACUACAGCACGUCCACGGCCAGCAUCCACAGCCACUCCGGCUACCCCGUCUGCCUCGACCAACGGUGAAGGUGCCUCCACCCAUCGCCGUCGCGUCAUCACAAAGCCCCCCGUGCCCAAGCAGACCCCCAUGGAGAAGAAGCCAGCUGCCCCUCGCCCUCCCCGUACUCCCCGACCCAUCAACGCUCCGACGCCAGACCUGAAGAAUGUGCGCUCUAAGAUUGGAUCCAUCGACAACAUUAAGUACCAGCCAGGAGGCGGGAAGGUCUCCUCCACCUCGAACAACAAGACAUCCGACCCCUCCACCCCCGCCGCCAAGGCCAGAGUUCAGAUAGUGCACAAAAAGCUGGACUUCAGCCACGUCACCUCCCGCUGUGGCUCCAAGGACAAUAUCAAACAUGUCCCUGGAGGUGGCAAUGUUCAAAUCUUGAAUAAGAAGGUUGACGUGAGCAAGGUGACCUCAAAAUGUGGCUCCAAGGACAACAUCAAACACAAGCCAGGCGGUGGGGACGUGAAGAUCGAGUCCCACAAGGUCAACAUUAAGACCAAGUCUAAGAUGGGAUCCCUGGACAACGUGGGGCCAGGCAGCGAACAGACAAAUGGACACAAGGAGGAAAAAACAGGAGAGAAGACAUCUCCAGCCGCGAGUGGCGCUGCGCAGCAGACACCAGCACCGGCAGGCGUUGCUAAGGAGAAUGGCACGAAGGAGCCCACGCCUUCCCCCUUCGGGGGGGACGGACUAAAGGAGCCCCUUAGCUUAGACAAACGCAUCACUGAGACAAAUUGAGUCCCCGUGAGCUCCAGAGAGUGGCGGGACAUGCAUGAUGCUCACUGACCUGUCAAUCAACUGACCAACAAAAUUACCACCGUUGCAGUCACCUCCCUCUGGCCCUGUCCUUCAACUCACCCACUGCAGCGGCGAACCGACCGAUUGCCUCUCAGUGUUUCUCUGAGGUCCGCCUGCCAGCAUCCUUCUACCAGCCCCGAUCUUCGACCUCUCAAAGUACCCGAGCUGACAUUUUGCCCUGUUACCUACAAAGAAGACCACUUGGUGUUUGUCUACACGUGUCUUAGUGGGGUUCUACAAGCUUACUUAUCUUGUAACCACCAGAUAUAGUUAACUUUACCCCCGUUCACAAAAUCUAACAACCCAAACACAGACAACACUCCUGAGCAGAGUCACCUGUUUUCAAAUAUUGUUCAACCUGUGAGUCUAACUACUGAUAAAACAUUUUUCUCUGGUCUGUUUGAAGGACAUUCACGUUCCAAAACUCCCUCAAUGCUCUAACCGUGUCGGUAGAACUGUACCUCACUUCCAGUUCACCCCAUCAGAUGUCACUAUGUCGCAUCAAGUCAUUCUUAUUGCUCUUCAACAGCUCAUUGCGCAUCAUUUAAUCACAAUCAUUAUGAUAUUGUCCAUCCAGUUUAUUCAAUUAAAAAAAAUAAUCACAGUAAUGUUUUUAUCUCUGUAUUAACAUUAUCCUGAUACUCGGAGUCGGUAGGGGUGGUUCUAAAAAACACCACAGAGUUAUACUAAAUCUGUAACUGCUAAAGAAUCUAAUGAAGUGUAUAAGCUUGUUGAGUGUCGUGUUGUUAGAUGUAGGCGACACGUCAGGGUAAGAGAAUCACCAAGAACCAAGCUUAUCACCGGAAUCGGGUCUGUUUUUCAGUUCGAUUGGCCAGACGGGUUAGAAACUCAAACACCUGACCUUUACGUGAAUAUACCAUAUUUAACAACUUUCCUCAGUGUUGAUGUUGUUACCGAGGGAAGAUGGCUCAGAGUUAGCUAUUUUCAGUAUCAGUGAGGUGGUUAAAACUGAAAUCAGAGGAAGCACAGGGAUGUUGGAAGCUUUUUAAAGUUCAUCCAGGUCACGAGCGAGGUAAACGCUUUUCAAGCAGAUAACAGUAGGGCCGAACAUAAUUAAGCACAGUUGCUGUAUUUUAUCCUUUUAGGCUUUCAACCUCUGUAUUUUGGUUAGAAACAUAUUUUAAAAAUGCGAUUACCUCAAAAUAAUAUUUGAAA